CGCUAACUUUGCUGUUUGCAUGCUAACAGAUAGAUCAGCAGGAGUUCAGCAGCAGAGCCUGUAUGUGAAGAUAAACUUGUUUAAGUGGAAUCUGUGUAAACUUUCGGGAUGUUUCACCAGAUUCAUCUCCUGUUAGCCAAGAAUGCUAAAGGAAGUUAGCUGAGUACAAGUGGUUUGAACCCAGGUCGUAGACGGAGCCGAGCUGCGUGUCUGUAACGGAGUGUGUCUGGAGGAAAAGCUGCUGUAAACAUGUCUAAAGUCCAAACGCUGAGAGCUUUUGUCCAGCAGCGACUAAGUGCGGCUGCUGAAGAGAUAUUUGAGCUGUUUGAAAGAACGAUAGCAGAGUACGAGGAGGAACUUUGUGGACAACGCAAACUACUGGACGCUGUUUUCAAGCCUCAAGCAGAUGUCCAGCUGCUGUUAGUGAGUAAAGAAGAGGUUCCCACUGAACAGCAGGAGUGGAGCCCCGGGCUGGACCAGGAGGACCCACCAGAGCCCCCACACAUUAAAGAGGAGUGGAGCCCCGGGCUGGACCAGGAGGACCCACCAGAGCCCCCACACAUUAAAGAGGAGUGGAGCCCCGGGCUGGACCAGGAGGACCCACCAGAGCCCCCACACAUUAAAGAGGAGCAGGAGGAACUCUGGACCAGUCAGGAGGGAAAGCAGCUGGAGGAGGCUGAUAGCACCAAGUUCACAUUCACUCUUGUCUCUGUGAAGAGUGAAGAAGACGAUGAAGAGAAACCUCAGUCCUCACAGCUUCAUCAAAGAUUUGACCAGAUGGAAACAAAAGCUGAUAGAGAGGACUGUGGAGGACCAGAACCAGCCAGGAAGUCAGAUCCAGAGAGACAUUUACAACCUGAUACUCAUGACAAGGCUUCACACUCCUCUGAACCUCAGACUGAAGAGUGUUGUGAUUGGGAGGAGACCAGGGGACCUCAGUCAGGUUCAAACCCUCUGCAAAAUAACAGUGAAUGUAACACUUGUGAGAAAUCAUUUCACUGCUCGGAGUGUGGUAAACUAUUCAGCCAAAACUCAAAUGUGAAGAGACACAUGAGAAUUCACACUGGAGAGAAACCAUUUAGUUGUUCAGUUUGCAGAAAAAGAUUUAAUCAGAAGGUACAUCUGGCAGAACACAAGGCAAUCCACACGAGGGAGAAACGAUACAGCUGCCGUGUUUGUGGCAAAAAAUUCUCUUGGCUUUAUCAGCUCAAACACCAUCAGUGUGUUGGUCGUCAGUCCUCAAAGCUUCAUCAAAGCCAAACUGACCAGAUGAAAACAAAAGCUGAUGGAGAGGACAGUGGAGGACCAGAACCAGCUGAAGUACCUGUAAGUGAUCGGGUAUGUAAUAAUGGAAAAACAUCAAGUAGCUCCUCUGAAUGUGCUACAAGCUUUGGACACAAGGGACGUCUGCAGAAACACAAUGGACUCCAAAUAGGAGAGGAAGCAUUUUGUUGCUCAGUUUGUGGUAAAAGAUACUUCGGGAAGAAGUCCUUAAGGAGUCAUAUGAGGCUUCAUUCAGAACGAAAAUGUUUCAUCUGCUCAGUUUGUAAAGUAAGUUUUAGCUGCAGAAGCCAUUUGUCCACACACGAGAGAAUCCACACACAGGAGAAGCCAUUUAGUUGUUCUGUCUGUGGUAAAACAUUUUCACAAAAACCACAUCUGAAACAACACUUGACUGUCCACACAGGGGAGAAACCGUUCAGUUGUUCUGUCUGUGGUAAAACAUUUUCACAAAAGCCACAUCUGAAACAUCACUUGACUGUCCACACAGGUGAGAAACCCUUCAGUUGUUCUGUCUGUGGUAGUAGAUUUGCACAAAACUCAACUUUGACCUCACACAUAAGAGUUCAUACAGGAGAAAAACCCUUCAGCUGCUCAGUUUGUAAAACAAGAUUCCGUGACAAAAGCAAUUUGUCCAGACACAUGAGAAUCCACACAGGGGAGAAACCGUUUAGUUGCAGCAUUUGUGAUAAAACUUUCACUCAACCCGCUCAUCUCAAAAACCACAAGUGUGCUGGAGAGAGCAGCGGAAGUAAAUGAAGCUUCAGAGAUGCUUCAGAUUUUAUUAUUUAUUUUAUUUAUUAUUAUUUUUAUUUUGUGACACAUUAUUUGGUGGUUUUCUGGGAACUGUGACAUUUUAAUACACGUCAUACCAAAAGCAAAGUAUUUCAUGUCUGUUGUACAGCACUAUGGUCAACUAGUGUUUUCAAAUGUGAUUUACAAACUAAAUUCAUUGCCUUAUCACCCAACAACACAAUUUACUUGUAAUUGAAUGGACUCUCCUGGUCUUGAAUAUAUCUAAUUAUAUGUAAAACGUGAACAAUUGAUUCUUAAACUGCUCAUACUGUAUGUGUUAUUUUGGUCAAAUCACAAGUCUUUACACAACCUUUGAUUUCACACAAUUGGACAGCUGAUGUGUUGGAUUUGCCCAGUUGCCUUUAAAGCAGCGGUUCUGAUUUUUCCAGCCUGUUUCAUCUUCAAUGUUGGGCAUGUUAGUCAGAAAAUGUAAUAAAUUAAUACUUUUACAGAA